CUGAGUCUAAGUUGUGCGCACAUUUACCAACGUGACCUAGUUAACCAUUGGUCUAUGCCCUGGUUAAAUAUUACUGCGACAUAACCAUGCCUGCGGUGAAGAUAGCUGUAUCCAGUCGUGCUCUGUUUGAUCAGACCAAAGAAUACACCAUUUUCAAGGAGCAGGGAGUGAAAGCGUACACAGAGUAUCAUCAUGCUCACGAGGAAGAAAUUUUGGAACCAGGAACUGCGUUCCCAUUCAUUAAGGCGGCCCACACAGUGAACGCAAAAUUAAAAGAAGCAGGUGCGCCUGAAAAUGAGCUGUUUGAGAUCGUUCUAAUGAGCCACAACCAAGCAGACACUGCCGGAAUACGACUUAUACGGUCAAUACAUCAUCACGGUAUGUGGUGUAUGGGGCUGAAGAUUGAUCAGAUGUGUCUGACGGACGGAGCGUCGCUCGUGGGUUACCUGAAAGCUUACGACAUCACGUUAUACCUGUCGUCACACACUUACGAGGUUCAGGAAGCAUUGAAAGCAGGAUUUGGUGCCGCAGCAAUCUUUCCUCAAAAAAUGGCAGAAAACCAAUCAGUCGACCAGUUAAGGAUCGUAUUUGACUGCGACGCCGUGUUGUUCUCUGACGAGGCUGAGCAGAUCUUCCAGACAAAGGGGCUGGGAGCCUUCCUGGACUUCGAGAAUGAACGCAUGAAUGAACCUUUGCCAGAGGGGCCUCUUAAACCGUUUGCUGUAGCCAUAGGAAAGAUGCAAAAGCGUUUGGAAGAUGCCAACUUUAACCCCAGUCCCAUCAGGACCUAUAUCGUGACCGCCCGCAGCUCUAGCCACGGUUCUGGGAUACGGACGCUUAAGACUCUGCGUAGUUGGGGCCUCAAAAUAAAUGAGUGCAAUUUCCUAUGCGGGCGACCUAAGGGCCCUGUCCUCAGCGCUAUAAAAGCGCACAUAUUUUUCGACGACACGCAGAAGAAUAUUGAGAGCGCUCACGAGUAUGGGGUUCCAUCCGGGCAUGUGAACUUUGGUGAAGGUGUGUCAAGCCGCGCGCAUUCGGAGGAUAAGCAAAGUGAAAAACAAGAAGGAUCGGGAUCGACAAAGAGACCACAGCCUCACGAAGAUGUUGCUACAGAGAGUGUUGACUUCUCUAGUCAAGAUGAAGGCUCUAUAACAGGGGAGGUGGCAACGCCAGGUAAACGGAGUUCUAAACGGAGAAAAUAGCACGUUGGGUUCAAAACAGACGGCGAAAAUACCAUUGAAAUAUUAUAAAACUGUGAUAAUUUAUUUAAAAAAGCAUACAAGAUGGCACAUGCCUGGCUAUGCACAUUUUAAAACAAUUUCGUAGAAAGAAAUGGUAUCGCCAAAAAGUACCGAAGUCCAGAGGCACUAAUUCUGGAACGAAUUUAGGACGUUCCAAAAACGAGUCAUAUUUGGCAACUGACGCAUGUCGAUACGGUGAAGAAUAGAUGCAUAUCCCGUCAGCAUAAUGUUGUUUGAUUUAUUGACGUGAAGGCAAAAAAUGGUGUGUUUCUCACUGAAUAUAAUAUAACAGAAUGAUUAAAAUACUGUGUGCUAGUAAA